AUGGCCAGCUCCGCUUCGUCGUCCCUUCGUGGUAUUGCCAGUGGCACUCUUCCACAAAUCUGGAAACAUAGACUCAGCGUCACGAGAAGCGUCAGACUCCCCAUUGAUAUCGGUCAAGAUGAUGUUCCUUUGGUGCCUCAGAACGUCAAAUACGUGGCCUCUUACAAUCGCACAAACGACCCGCAGCCAACUAUCCUCGUGCCCGGAUCUCCACGACAAUGGCUCGACCUCCCCCUACCACUUGUGGUCCCGUGCGACGUUCCCGAUACCCCUCGGAUUUUUGCGGAGGCCAUGCUUCCAAUGCUCCGAGCCGCGGACACCAUCGCGCUCUCGCACCCCGAGUGUGCCGUCGACUGGUCCACGAUAGACGUGGUCGCCGACCUCGGAGUGCUCCGGACGCUUCUUCACUGGAUCCACCGUUUUUCCAACCCCCACAUGCCAUGGAAAGACGUGCGAGGCUUGGAGUCGUUCGGAUCCCGCUUCGACGUGCAGCCCACCACAGGCAGAACCGUCCUGCUUCACCGCAUACCUCCCACGCCCCGCCGUCUCGCGUGGGGACGCAAACAAAGGCCGCAUACUUCCUUCGGCAGUGACUUUGAGAGACUCGCGACGGCCCCCGGCGCGGGCUGCGAACGCGGCUUGGAGCACUACCGGGCCAUCCAAUACGACUUCGGGGGGCUCCGGCUCGUCGUUUCCGGCGAAGUCGACGCCUGCAUCCCCCAAGACGCGGACCCCUCGUCCACCUCUCCGCCUCCCGCGCAGGCCCCCAUCGGGUCUCCCCCCGAUCCCCCCGAGCGCCCGGCGCUGCCGCCCCGGAGCGCCGACAUCGCGGUCGUGCCCGCGGGCGCGUUCGUGCCCCAGUCCGCCCUGCUCGAGAUCAAGACCGAGGGCCUGCGCCACGACGGCGGCAGACGCGUGCACGCGUGGAUGCACACCUGGUCGCGGACGUACCCGCAGAUGCUCCUCUCGCAGACGCCGACGCUGCUCGCCGCGGGGCGCGUGCGGGAGACGUUCGUGCGCGUGCGCCGGACGCGCGUCGACGCGGACGCGUUCCGCGCGGAGGCGGCGCGGUGGGCGGACGUGCAGCGCGACCUGCGUCUGCUCGUGCCGAUGCUGCGGCGCUUCUGCGGCGUCGCGCGCGCGCGCGGGGCGCCGUUCACGGCGCGGGCGUUCAAGGACCGGUGGGCGGUGCAGGAGGUCGAUCGGGCGCGGGAACACUGGCUGCUGGGGCCGGAGGAUCUGGAGCGGUUUGCGCCCAGGGCGGGCGCGAGCUGGAAGGUGCGGAAUCGGACACGGACACCACGCGAGCCUUGA